ACCCAAAUCCAAACACAACUCAAAACAAAAGGGAAAAAAACAAAGCAAAAUAAAAAAGCAAAAAACUCUGUAUGUGCGCUUUGGGGACUGUAAGUGCAAGCUUGUUUCGCAACUCUCAAAGCUGAAAAAAUAUUGCUGUAUUCUGCUUAUUACCCACUACCCCAGAAACCAAAACACAUGCUCUCCCAUUUCCCCAACUCUUUUCAUCAUCACCUCCACCAUCAAAAUCUCCUUCUUCUUCUUCUUCUUCCUCAAAUUUCAUCCAAUCUCUUGGAACUUCACCUCCUUCCUCAGAGCUUAGGGACUCUCUCUUAAAUUGGGUAAUACAAGAACUUAUCAAAGAUGAUCACACUAUCAGAUUUCUACCAUGUUAUGACUGCAAUGGUGCCACUUUAUGUGGCUAUGAUCUUAGCCUAUGGCUCAGUGAAAUGGUGGAAGAUCUUCACGCCAGACCAGUGCUCUGGUAUCAACCGUUUUGUGGCUCUCUUUGCCGUCCCUCUCCUCUCCUUCCACUUCAUCUCCACCAAUGAUCCCUACACCAUGAAUAUGCGGUUCAUUGCUGCUGAUACCCUUCAAAAAAUCAUCGUUUUAGUUGUUCUUGCCGUUUGGACUAAGGUGAGCAAAAGGGGUUGCUUGGAAUGGACAAUUACUCUAUUCUCACUCUCAAGUCUACCCAACACUUUGGUCAUGGGCAUCCCUUUGCUUAAAGGAAUGUAUGGUGACUUUUCUGGGAGUUUGAUGGUCCAAAUUGUGGUCCUUCAGUGCAUCAUUUGGUACACUUUGAUGCUCUUCUUAUUUGAGUUCAGAGGUGCUAGAAUGCUCAUAUCUGAGCAGUUCCCAGAUACAGCAGGCUCCAUUGUCUCAAUCCAUGUUGACUCUGACAUCAUGUCACUGGACGGAAGGCAGCCUCUAGAAACCGAAGCUGCAAUCAAAGAAGAUGGAAAACUUCAUGUCACUGUAAGAAAAUCCAAUGCUUCAAGAUCAGAUAUCUUCUCAAGAAGGUCACAAGGUUUGUCAUCGACAACUCCCAGACCGUCCAAUCUAACCAAUGCAGAGAUAUACUCCUUGCAAUCUUCAAGAAACCCAACUCCAAGAGGGUCUAGUUUCAAUCAUACAGACUUCUAUUCAAUGAUGGCUGGUGGCAGGAACUCAAACUUCGGAGCCUCCGAUGUUUAUGGCCUCUCAGCUUCACGAGGCCCAACACCAAGGCCUUCGAAUUAUGAGGAAGAUGGUGCAGUCGGUGGCAAGCCGAGGUUCCAUUACCAUGCUGGGGCUGGUGGUGGUGGUGGUGCUGGGCAUUACCCUGCACCAAAUCCGGGAAUGUUUUCACCAACGGGUUCCAAAAAUGUUGGUGUUAAUGCAAAUGCAAAGAAGCCGAAUGGCCAAGCUCAGCAGAAGCCAGAAGAUGGUGCUAGGGACCUUCAUAUGUUUGUUUGGAGCUCUAGUGCUUCUCCCGUAUCAGAUGUUUUUGGUGGACAUGAAUAUGGAGCUCAUGAUCAGAAAGACGUGAGAUUGGCUGUUUCUCCAGGAAAAGUGGAGGGUCACAGAGAGAAUCAAGAUUACUUAGAGAGAGAUGAAUUCAGCUUUGGGAACAGAGGGUUAGAAGGAGAGAUGAACAACGUUGAAGCUGAGAAAGUGGGAGAUGGAAAGCCUAAGACCAUGCCACCAACAAGUGUCAUGACCAGGCUUAUACUCAUCAUGGUUUGGAGAAAGCUCAUUAGAAACCCCAACACCUAUUCAAGCCUAAUAGGUCUCACUUGGGCACUGGUCUCAUUCAGGUGGCAUGUUGAAAUGCCUGCCAUCAUAGCAAAGUCCAUUUCCAUACUGUCAGAUGCAGGGCUUGGCAUGGCCAUGUUCAGUCUAGGUCUGUUCAUGGCUUUGCAACCGAGGAUCAUAGCAUGUGGAAAUUCCAUUGCAGCUUUUGCUAUGGCCGUGAGAUUCCUUGCUGGUCCAGCUGUCAUGGCAGCAGCUUCCAUUGCUGUUGGCCUUAAGGGCGUUCUCUUACAUGUUGCCAUUGUCCAGGCAGCUCUCCCACAAGGAAUCGUCCCCUUUGUCUUUGCCAAGGAGUACAAUGUACAUCCUGACAUUCUCAGCACAGCUGUUAUAUUUGGGAUGCUAAUUGCAUUGCCCAUAACGCUCGUCUACUACAUCUUGUUGGGGGUAUGAGUUGGUGGAAAUCAUCGCAGAAUAUGACUGCAACCAUCCAUGCAAUGCUCAAGCAGGGCCAUGCAUCAAUGCAUUGAUAAGUUCGGAUGUUGAAGAAGUCAAAAGCAUGCAUGCAUGAUGAGAAAUAGGAUCGAUCGGAUCAUGAUGAUCAGAAUGAACCUUUUUCUUUUGAUUUGUCUUUUGCUAGUAAAAUUGUAAAAUCAUCAUGUUUGUAGUCAAUUUAUAAUAUAUAUAAAAAAAAAAAAAAAUGUUUCUCUAGUUAACUAUAAA